UGCUGCUGCUGGCGUGCGUGUAUGAGUGAGCGUUUCUCACUCUUAGACCUGAAAACUUGGAGUGCCACCUGCCUAAGAACUUGCCAAGAAGAUAACAAAUAACAACAAAACGGAAAAUUGAAUCCAUUGCCGGGACGAAUGCAACCAAAGUUGGAGACUUGAAGCAGCAGGAGGGGAAGUGAAGCUGAACGGUCACGCAAUUAGCAAUGAACAAAAUAUUAAGUCAAACUUUAGCUGCAUAAAGACACACAACGGGAAAAAUCGAAAGUGGAGACGUCUGAGGAAAUGUUUGCCUAAGUGGCACACUUCCGCUCAAGCUUGCCAUGAAUUGAGCAAAAAGUAAACAUCAACAACAGCAAGAGCAGGAGCAGGAGCAAGAGCAGGAGCCGACUCAUAACGAGGCGGCCAAAACAAUAUCUUAGCCAUGGCCAAUCUUACGGCAAUAAAUGUCUGGUUAUCCACAACCACACAGAUGCCGCUGCCGCUGCCUAACGUAACAAUGCAGCCGUAUUUCAAUUGGUCCUCCACCACCAGCACCAGCACCACCACCACAGCCCCCUCAACAACAGGAACAGGCACAGUGCCACUCACAACAACAACAACUACCAAUGUAGCAGCUACAACGGCGACAAGUAUAGAGAGCGAAUCGGACAAGCUAAUCAACAACGAGCUCGUGCAAAUCUUCUUCUGCGUGCUAUACGCCACAGUCUUUGUCCUUGGAGUAUUUGGAAAUGUCCUUGUUUGUUAUGUUGUGAUACGGAAUAAGGCGAUGCAAACGGUGACGAAUAUAUUUAUCACAAACCUGGCAUUAUCGGACAUAUUGCUCUGUGUGCUGGCCGUGCCAUUCACUCCACUCUAUACGUUCAUGGGCCGUUGGGCCUUUGGCCGUACAUUGUGCCAUUUGGUUUCAUAUGCCCAGGGCUGCAGCAUUUACAUCUCCACCCUGACGCUGACCUCGAUAGCGAUUGAUCGGUACUUCUUCAUCAUAUACCCAUUUCAUCAGCGCAUGAAACUGUCCACCUGCAUUGGCAUUAUAGUGGGUAUUUGGGUGAUCAGCGCAUUCGCCACCUUACCCUACGGCAUGUAUGUGAAGGUCGUCACCGAGGUGGACAACAGCACAGAGAUCAUCGGAGCGAGCAAUGAGACGGUAAUAAUAGGAGCAGCUGCGGCAAACACCAGCUACGAGUCGACCUUUAUAGAAGCUCCCGAUACCACAUCGGCGGCUCAGGCCUAUCUGCAGGUGAUGACAGGCGGCUUGGGCGUGACGCUGCCCCCAGACUUGGCCAUUACGCGCACCUACUGUGAGGAGAACUGGCCCUCGGAGCAGUAUCGCAAGGUAUUUGGUGCUAUUACCACCAUGCUGCAGUUUGUGGUGCCGUUCGUCAUCAUUUCCAUAUGCUAUGUCCUCAUAUCGGUGAAGCUGAAUGCACGCGCUAAGGCUAAGCCAGGCUCGAAAUCUUCGCGGCGCGAGGAAGCGGAUCGAGAUCGGAAGAAGCGCACGAAUCGCAUGUUAAUCGCCAUGGUCGCUGUCUUUGGACUUUCGUGGCUGCCCAUCAACAUGGUGAACAUCAUCGAUGACUUCUAUGUGAAGAGCAAUGAGGGACGCUUCUACAUACUCUUCUUCUUCGUGGCUCACUCCAUAGCCAUGUCCUCGACAUGCUACAAUCCGUUCCUCUACGCCUGGCUAAAUGAAAACUUCCGCAAGGAGUUCAAGCAUGUGCUGCCUUGUUUCAAUCCCUCCAACAACAAUAUCAUCAACAUAACACGUGGCUACAACCGAAGCGAUCGAAACACCUGCGGUCCCCGACUGCAUCAUGGCAAUGGCGAAGGCGGAGCUGGUGGCAGCCUGGAUGCCGAUGAUCAGGAUGACAAUGGCAUCACACAAGAGACUUGUCUGCCCAAGGAGAAGCUUUUGAUCAUACCGCGCGAGCCCACCUAUGGCAACGGCACUGGAGCCGUCUCGCCCAUUCUGAGUGGGCGUGGCAUUAAUGCAGCCCUGGUCCAUACGCGUCAGGCACCGCAACAGGUGGACAUCCUGCUGAACGAUCGGGAUAUGAGGCGUGUGCGACGUCGCACCGAUGACGAUACCGACUACUCCGGCGAUGAGCAGACGGUGGAGGUGCGUUUCCGGGAGACCCCCUUCGUCAGCUCCGACAAUACAACAGGCAUCAGUCUAGUGGAGGCGGCGACGAGCGAGAACUAUGAAACGGAACUGGCUGCCAAAUUGGUCGGCCAAGGUGCUGCGACAAGUCGCGGCAGAAGCAACUGAGGAAGGAUUUUCGAAACGCAUUUCUAGGCAGCGUCGUCGCCCUCGUCGUCGCUUGUCGUCCUGGAGAGUUUAAAGGAAACGCC